UAACGUUCACGUUUUACCUAAGAUCAUGGACAAAAUGACCAGUAAUCAUCAUCAGGCGGAAAGUACGAAAUAUAAUGAUAUGUUUGAUAUAUUACGACCACUCAAUGAUGAAGAGUUUAGUGAAUUAUUGGAAUUAUAUAAAGAAAAAUAUAACUCAAAUGGUUUUCAAUACUUACUGCUCUUCACACAAUUUCAAUGGAAUAGACAAUUGACGGAGUUGAAUAUCGACAAAGAUAACCAGGAAUGGAUUUCGUUUCGUAAAACCUUCUAUACACAUCGUAAUGGAGAUUUUCGUAAAUAUGGAACUUAUAUUUGUUUACAUCAAGAUUUGAUUCAAAGUGUCGCUUUUCAUACCUGGGAACCGAACUGUACUGAAUUGUUAGAAUGUUUAAAUAAUACAAAUUUAAUACAGUGGAAAAAUGGACCUCUACUUAUAAGCGUUACGCAUGAAUGUAGCGAAGCAGUCAAGAAAAUCGUCAUCUCUAAAGGAGGCUCAAUACAAAAGGCCCGACAAUGUCAAGGUCUUAUUUUAAAUCGCGACAAAGCGCUAAAUCUUAAAGUACCAAGACUUGCCAAGGGUUUUAAGGUAAUUUCCAUAGAACAACAUCACGCCGAUUUAAUUCACGCUAAUUGGGCUAAUAAUAAGGAAGCAUCUUUAAAUUACAUUAAAGGUUUUAUCAAGUUAAAAAGAUGUAUUGGUAUUAUGGAAACAUCAACUAAUAAUUUAGUUGGUUGGAUUUUUCAAAAUGAAUUUUCCGGUUUAGCAAUACUGCAAGUUUUACCCUCAGCCCAACGUAUGGGUAUUGGUCAAUACUUGGCAAUUUCAAUGAGCCAGUUAAUAGCUACAUCGUCAAAUGUUCAUUCAUCUGCUUUUGUUGUUGUUGGAAACGUAAAAUCUGAAUCAUUACUACAGAAAAUUGGAUAUGAAAGGCAUGUCGUCUACGAAUGGAUUCAAUUAGAUAAAAUUAAUUAAAGAGCAUUGUGAUAUAAAAAA